GCAUAGUUUCUCUUUAAUGUGCAAAUUAAAAGUAAAAUGUGCAAUGUGCAUUGCAAAUUAAAUGUAAAAUGUCAUCAAAUCACAUUUUAAGGUAUUUAUCUUUUUUUAUGUAAAGAUAGUCAGUGUGAUAGACAGCACGCCAAAUAUCAGAAAGAGGAAGACAGACAGGGGCGUCCCAUUUUCUGUGCUGGAAAGGGCUUCCGAUGAAAUCAGACAGGGAAAGUCAGUCAGGGGAGUGGCCAAAUCAUAUGGCAUUUGCCAUGUGACUCUGCACCGAUUCCACAAGAAGAGGAGCCAGGGAUCAAAGACACUUUCCAGAGUUGGAUACUGGACUCCAAAAAGGGUUUUCACACUAGAGCAGGAACUCCUCUUAAGAGACUACCUGAUGCAGGCAGCUGAUUUGUAUUAUGGAUUGAGCCCAAAGGAGGUAGGCUAUAUAUGUGUUAAGAUAGAGUAGGCUAUGCUAUGUAGGCCUACAUUUGUUGUGUAUUAAACUAAUUAACAAUUUAUAUAAUUUAGGUCCGGAAGUUUGCCUAUGAUUUGGCAAAGACCUACAGUUGCAGGUACCCCGAAACCUGGGCAGAGAACGGGAUGGCUGGAGCCGACUGGUUCACAACAUUCUUGAAGAGGCACCCCACUCUCUCCAUAAGAAGCCCUCAGGCUACAAGCCUCUCAUGGGCUACGAGUUUUAAUGAAACAAAUGUCAAUAAGUUUUUUGACAACUUGUUUUCUGUCCUGGACAAACACAGAUUUGCUGCACAGGAUAUCUGGAACAUGGAUGAAACAGGAAUCACCACAGUGCAAAAUCCUGAAAAAAUUGUGGCUAGAAAGGGAGUCAAGCAAGUAGGUGCAGUCACCUCUGCAGAACGGGGGGCACUAAUUACACUUGCCUGUGCAGUGAAUGCCUUGAGGAAUUGCAUCCCACCAAUGUUCAUCUUCCCCCGGAAAAAAAUCCAUCCUUCCUUUACCAGCAAUGGCCCUCCUGGCUGUAUCGGUACAGCAAAUGGGUCUGGGUGGAUGCAAGGGGAGGACUUUUUGGUCUUCCUCAAGCACUUCCAGACUCACACCAAGUCCUCACUGGAGUCAAAAGUGCUGCUAAUUCUGGACAACCAUACCUCCCACCUUUCUGUGGAGGGGAUUGAUUUUUGCAAGAGCCAUGGCAUCGUCCUCCUCUCAUUCCCCCCACACUGUUCCCAUAAGCUGCAGCCCUUGGAUCGCAGUGUAUAUGGGCCACUGAAGAGGCUGGUAUACAACUGCUGUGACAGCUGGAUGAAAACUCAUCCAGGAGCCACAAUGACCAUUUACGAUCUGCCAGGCAUUGUGAAGAGUGCCCUUCCCCGUGCUGCAUCACCGGCAAAUAUUCAGGCAGGGUUUGCAUGCACUGGAAUUUGGCCUUUUAAUAGGAAUAUUUUCACUGACAGUGACUUUGCACCAUCCCUAGUCACAGACCGGCCAAUGCCAGCAGUGACACCAGAGGUUCCAUCUUCCUCUACAACUCCAUCACCCAAUGUGGCAAUGGUGGCAUCCUCCAUGCCACUUAGAGCAUCAUCCCCUGUCACACCAUGUGUGGUUUCCAAGCCUGAGCCUGAGCCAUCAUCCUCUGCUAUGGACACAACGUUUUCACCCGUGUCCAUCCGUCCACACCCAAAAGCUGGCCCAAGAAAGCAGACGACAAAGGGCAGGAAAAGAAGGGAAACCGCUGUCCUUACAGAUACUCCUGUGAAAAAACAACUGGAGGCCGAGAAAAGCAGGUCUGCAGCUAAAAGAAAAAUGAAUUUCAGCAACAACAAAAAAUCCAGACCGAAGAAGCAGAAAAUUCAGGACUCAUCUGAUGAUGAAAAUGAAUCCUGCAUUGUGUGCUUGGAAAGCUUCUCCAGGUCAAGGGAGGUUUGGCUCCAGUGCUGGUCCUGUAAAGCCUGGGCACACAAGGACUGCACAGACGGAAGGGAUUUUUACACUUGCCACAACUGUGACUCAGACUAGGCCUACCGAGCCCCCCACCCCCUCUCUCUCUGUUGUUGAGAAUGUUUGAGUUCAUGUUUAAACUUUUUUGAGGUGUUCUACCCAAUAAAUAAUUUUCUUGCAUUAUAAUUUGACAGUUUCAUCCUCUUUUUUGUCAUUCGUGUGAAAAAAAAGGUAAUCAUUACUUAAAAACAUGAAAUGAAUAGUCACAAUAACAUGACUGAUAAAUAAUAUUUUCUAUUUUGAGUAUAUGAUUGAUUCAUUAUGUAUAUUUUAGACAUGUUACAACCGUCCCUGUCAUGCGUUACAACCGUCCCUGUACACUGGGACGGUUGUAACAGUGGAGAGACUGUAUUAAAAUCAAUUUUGCAACCUGUACAUAUUUCAUAAAACCAUUUAAAUACAUUGUUUCAGCAGUUGACAGAUUGAAGUUUAUAAUAUAACAAAUUGGUUAUUCCAGUACAAAUGGUUUUUGAUGUAUUGCUAAAAAUUGCAAAAAGUGUUACAACUGUCCCUGGUCUCCCCUACGUGUGUCCUCCUUCUUUUGUGAAAUAAUGGUAAAUACCACUUUAUUUCUGUGACUAAUGUUUAAAGGGUGAAAUUUAAAUACUAUUAAUUAUGACAAAAAUAGUCUGUAAUUUGGCCUUUAUUACUCAUUUAAUACAUAUCUUCACUAAAAAAAAUAAAUAAAUAAAUAAAAUGAGAUAUUAAUCUACAUUUCUGACAAAAUACCAUGGUUACAGUUAGUGUUCCCACAGUAAAUCCAUGAUAAAUGUUGUUGAAUUGUUGAACAGUAGCUGUUCUAACUUGAUCGGCUCAAUGUUUCUCCUGAUUUGCACGUGUUGUUGAUUAAGUCAGCGCUGUUUCAACUGGCUUUAAACUCAAUUAUAUCAAAUAACAGACAGAUUUGCAGCUUGUACCGGAGACCUCUACACCGAACUCAAACAAAACUUCUCACUGGUGGUUUAGUGGUCGGUCCUGUGAUCGAGACAAGUAAACACAUUCAUGAGCUCCUGAGUCGCGCGCUGCACAGUGCGCAAAAGUAGUGCUGUUUCGUUUCGCGUUGUUUCCCUGGCCUAAAAUCUAGUACUGCCACCUUGUGUUGACAUUGUGAAACUGCACGAUUUGUAAAUUAUGCAUGGCGGGCCACAUAUAAUAUAUUUUAAUAAACAAGCUGCGGGCCGUUUGAAAUUCAUUCCCGGGCCGUAGUUUGGACACCCUUGCUCUAAGGCAACUGUACAGACCCAAAAUACUAACAUUUCUUGGUUAUAUUUUUUACUUUAGUUUUUUUUUUUUUUACUACCCUACAAAGCUAAAAAAUUAGCUUUUCCCUACUUAUUUCAAUACAGAAAACUAUUUUGUCAGCCACAUAUGGUAAACAUGAGCUAUCAUUUCUUUUUUCAAUCUAUCUGAAAUACAAUUACACCUAUGUUGUUUUUCUUGAAAUUUUGUGACUUUUUCUCAUUUAGGGUCAUGAACAUGCAUGCAAAGUUUCAACACGCUGAUGUGUUGUGAAAUGUGCAUAUAGAUGUGCAAAAUAAAAAGUUGUUUUACCUUUUAACUGUAUAGACUUGAAACGGACUUUUCCAACUUAAAUUGUUACAAAUCUUGAAUACUUCACUUAAGUUUGGUAUAUUUUUAAAGGGAACACUUCACAGAUUAUUGUACAAGUAAAGACAGUUGUAAAA